CAGACCAGAAUCAGACAAGCGUACACAAUGUGAAUACAGCAGCAUUCCUCCUAGCUGUUAGCCAUUAAGAGGUCUACAUCUAUAAAAAGAAUCUGGAACUCAUAGCAGCAAAUCAAGGAAUAGUUUCCUUUGAAGCAAUGGAAAAGAAGCUCUUCAGAUUACCAGUUUUGUCAAUGGUGGUGCUGAUCUUGUUGAUGAUUUCGCCAACGAUGGCCUGCCCACCGCAGGGGACUAAGUGUGAAGAUUGCGUUCUUGAUCAGAUAAAAUACGGUUGCCAAUCAUGUGUGCCGAUGCUACGCUGCAUGGCACGGUGUUUGUGGAACGGAGUGUCAAGAGCCGAGUGCAAUAAGAAGUGUGACUGCAAUGGUGGGAAGCCAACUCUUUCAGAUUGCAAGAAAUGCAUGUCUCGGUGCAAAUGCAGCUGUGCUGCUGCUGCUGCAGCGUAGAUAGAUUUCUCUUACAAGUAUGUACGCAAUUUAGCAUUUAGUGAAAAAUCUAUGCUCUGAUUGAGAACCUUAUCUGUGUCUGAAAUUUAAGUUGAAUGAUAUAUAUCUUACAAAAAGUAGUGAAGACAUUGCAAGUAAAAAUAAAUUUUUAUAGUU